AAAAUUUCAUGAGAGAACUAGAAAUGUCUAGCAAGAAAACCUCUUGGAAGUAUAAAUACAUCCCGAGUUCGACGUUCUCUCAGGACAACAAUUUCAUCAAAAUAAACAACAAAAAAAUCAAAAACCUUCACAAAACAUUCAAACAAAACAUCAACUACACAAAAUGGCACUUUACAAUUGGAAUUUAGAAAGCGAUGUUAACCGUAUUUUCGAUGAUUUCAUUAAAGAUUUGAACGUAACUAGACGUGGUGGUACUCGUUCUAACCGUGUGAAUAAUACCUUCGUCCCGUUAAUGGACGUUCACGAAACUGAUGAUGAAUUUCUUUUCAAUACGGAAUUACCAGGAUUGAAUAAAGAUCAAAUUAACGUUGAUGUUCGAGACAACACUCUUACAAUUUCUGGUGAAACCAAAAAAGAUAAAAAGUAUGAAAAAGGAAGUACCCAUAUUCAAGAACGUUCCUAUGGUUCCUUCUCCCGUAGUAUCUCAUUACCUCCGAAUGUAAAAGCAGAUGAUAUUACGGCCAAAUUUGAGAAUGGUCUUCUUGAAUUGAAACUUCCCAAGACUGCUCCCUCCGGAAAGAAGAUCACCAUACAAUAAAUUUUUUAGUAAUUUAGUAUAACUUUUUAAUAAGUGCGUUACUUAUAUUCUUCAUAUAUUUACAUUUUUUUUUAACGUAAAAAAAAUUUCAUUUCAUAAAUAUAUAUGUAUAAUUUUGUAAAAUCAUUCAUUCAUUCAUUUUU